GAGUCGGGGGCAGGUCCUCCCAGGGCCUGGCGAACACAGGGGCCCAUCCAGGGUGCCCCAGACUCCAUCAGCCAGUUCUUCUCGAGAACAGAACAGUUAAGCCCAAGCCCUGGAUGGAGGUGUGGGGAGAGGGCGUGGCUCCCGCCCCGGCAGGCAGGUGAGCGUCUGGGGAUUCUUCAGUUCACUCUGCCCCGCAGCCUCACCCCAUCUGUGCCUGCGCCUCAGGGAGCCUAAGCCGGCAGGGGCGAGGCGGUGGGACCUCGGGGAGCUCAAGCCUCGGCUGUCCCCUCACUGGAGGCCUGAGGCCAAGAUGAUGUCCACACUGGGCGGCUUGCAGAGGUACUUCCGGGUCAUCCUCCUCCUCGUCGCCCUGAUACUGCUCCUGCUGGCUGGAUUCCUGCACACAGACUUGGAGCUGCUCAUACCCCUGUUUGGCGGUCAGGCCAAGGGGCCGCCCGUCACCAACAUCAUGUUCCUGAAGACGCACAAAACGGCCAGCAGCACGGUGCUCAACAUCCUCUACCGCUUCGCGGAGACCCACAACCUCUCCGUGGCUCUGCCCGCUGGCCGGCACGUCCACCUCGGCUACCCCUGGUUCUUCCUGGCGCGCUACGUGGAAGGUGUAGCGUCGCAGCAGCGAUUCAACAUCAUGUGCAACCACCUGAGGUUCAACCUGCCUGAGGUGCAGAAAGUCAUGCCCAACGACACCUUCUACUUCUCCAUCCUGAGAAACCCCGUGUUCCAGCUGGAGUCCUCCUUCAUCUACUACAAAACCUACGCGCCCGCCUUCCAGCGCGCCCCGAGCCUGGACGCGUUCCUGGCCUCGCCGCAGACGUUCUACAACGACAGCCACCUCCUCAGAAACGUCUACGCCAAGAACAACAUGUGGUUCGACUUCGGCUUCAACCCCAACGCGCCGGCCGAGGAGGGCUACGUGCGCGCGCGCAUCGCGGAGGUGGAGCAGCGCUUCCAGCUGGUGCUCAUUGCCGAGCACUUGGACGAGUCCCUGGUGCUGCUGCGGCGCCGGCUGCGCUGGGCGCUGGACGACGUGGUGGCCUUCAGGCUCAACUCCCGCAGCGCGCGCUCCGUGACCCGCCUGGCGCCCGAGACCCGGGAGCGCGCGCAGCGCUGGUGCGCGCUGGACUGGCGCCUGUACCAGCAUUUCAACCGCAGCCUCUGGGGGCAGCUGCGCGCCGAGCUGGGCCCACGGCGGCUGCGCGGGGAGGUGGCGCGGCUCCGGGCGCGGAGGCGCGAACUCGCGGUCCUGUGCCUGCAGGACGGCGGCGCGCCCCAGAACCGGACGCAGAUCCACGACCCGGGCCUGCGCCCGUACCAGCCCGGCGCGGCCGACAUCCUGGGCUACAACCUCAGGCCAGGCCUGGACAACCGGACGCAGCGCGUGUGUCAGCGGCUGGUGACGCCCGAGCUCCAGUACAUGGCCCACCUGUACUCCCUGCAGUUCCCGGAGAAGCCCCCCAAGAACAUCCCGUAGAGCGGGGAGCGUACAGGGGCGGGGGCGGGGGCCUCCAGCUGACGCCAGCCCCUGUCUCCGCAGCUGGGAAGCCCAGGCUGGCCGGCCCCUGCUCUAAAAUGAAGAGGACGGAGACCCCAGUGAAGAGCCGCCCCCCCACCUCCGCGAUCCGCCCAGACCCCUCCCAGAGAGGGUCCUGAGCCCAGGUGGAAGCCCCACCUGGCCCGAGGCUGUGCCUCAGUUCACCGAAUAGAACUGAACACGAAGGCGGGGGAGUGAGGGAUGCUUGACCACAGGCCAGCACGCUGCUGGGCAGAACUCCAUGCCCGUGACCCCGGUUCUCUUGAGGUUCCUGGCACUGGGGCUGUGGGUUCUCGGAGGAACUCAGAGUGUCUCCUCUGGAUUUCUCAGCCCUGUCAACAAGGUGCUGGUCCCAGAGACAUGCGCAGGCACAGGCAGUGCGGCAAAGACCCAGGCGCAGCCCUGCAGCCAGUGAUGGAAGCCUGUGGAAACAGCUCCCAUCUUUGGCUAUAGGAGGUUUACUUCUGAUGGAAGGACGUUUUCCACAGAGAAAUGGGACAGCUGCUCAAAAGACGGGUUGAGGUCGAGCUCAACUCCACGGCCUCUGCUGUCGGUCACAAAUGCCGGUGGAGAAGAGGACAUCCGACUCGCCAAACGAGGCGGGAGUGGUUGGGGCUCCACACACCCACUGUUGCCUUGGAGGUGGUGUCGGGUGUGAUGCCAGAGGGUAGCUGUGGGCACUGUCUUUGUCAUUGAUCUGGAGAGGCAGAGCCUCCUUGCUGGCAGGACGUGAUCCUGGCUGCCGGGGGUGGGGGAAGUUUAACCGGUAAAGGGGUGCACACAUGGGGACAAGCCAGUGCCUGGAGCACCCAGGAAACGCACCUACCUGGCAGCACGUUCGAAAGGCCACCGUCCCUCCCUCAGCCUAGGGACCUCUGCAGGCCACCCUCCCCCACUCAGCCCAGGGACCCCUGCAGGCCACCCUCCCCCACUCAGCCCAGGGACCCCUGCAGGCCAUCCUCCACCCCUCAGCCCAGGGACCCCUGCAGGCCACCCUCCCCCACUCAGCCCAGGGACCCCUGCAGCCCACCCUCCACCCCUCAGCCCAGGGACCCCUGCAGUCCACCCUCCACCCCUCAGCCCAGGGACCUCUGCAGGCCACCCUCCACCCCUCAGCCCAGGGACCCCUGCAGGCCACCCUCCCUCACUCAGCCCAGGGACCCCUUCAGGCCACCCUCCAGGGAGGGCACAGUAGGGCAUUCCGCCGGGUAAGGGGAAAGCAGGCGCUGGAUGAGCCCACGGGCCAAUGACAGGAGUCCCAGAAGACAGAAGAGACCACAAAUGAGAAGGCAGGUCACACGGAGAUCAAAACGUUCCCGGCCAAACCCAGGGCCUGGCUGCUUAUUCCGGAAG